CCACACCCACACAAAAUUUAUAUUCUCCUUUCUACCUUCUUCCCAAGAAAGAGAUGGAUGCCAGCAUUCGAAUGGUAAGAGCUGCCAUGAAAGGACUACUUCUGGUCAUGUUUCUGGGGAUUCUCAUGAUGUGGGUCAUGAUGCCUACAAACACUUACCGGGAAAAAUGGCGGGUUAAGAUUUCCGACAAGGUCUCUAAUUCAACAUAUCUUGGCACGUCAGGUUUGAACAUUCUGAUCUGGACAUUUCCGAUGCUCUUUAUCUCCGUUUUGGGAUCUUUAUACCUCCAUUUGGGGAAGAAACUCAACAAUAAUGAUGUAUCUCAAUGUAGUGACGACGGCGAGGGUCAUCGACGGGCAGCGACAUGGAAGAAGCCGGUUUUGGUGAAAGGUCCUUUAGGAAUCGUUACUGGAACAGAACUGGCGUUCUUGAUAAUGUUCAUUGCACUCCUUGUUUGGUCUUUAUCAACUGAUCUCCACAACAAUUUCGCCAACAUCACACAAUUUGCACAACAAGGACAAAGAAUAUGGGUGGAGAAGUUGAAAAUAACAGCAUUAUAUCUGGGGGUGGUGGGGAACAUUUGUCUGGCAUUUCUUUUCUUCCCAGUGGCUCGUGGAUCGUCGGUGCUGCCGCUGCUUGGACUCACGUCGGAGGGAAGCAUUAAGUACCAUAUAUGGUUGGGGCACAUGGUUAUGGCUAUCUUCACGGCUCAUGGCUUUGGUUUCAUCCUUGCUUGGAGCAUUGAUCAUCAAUUUUCCGAGGUACAAUAACUUCUCAUAAUCAGUUCAUGCUUUAAUUACAUAUAUAUAUAUAUAUAUGUAUAUACUUGUUCACAUAUAAUAACUUCCUGUAUUUAUUUUUUUGGCACUAUUUCAUUUAACUGUUUGUCAGUUCAGUAUUCUUCUAUGAUUGAUAACUAUUGUUUGCUAUUGUAUGUUGUAAUAUAUCACUUUAACACAC